UGGAAAAAAACAUAAUAUCCGACCGUUACCAACAAAUGUAAUUCCCCAUUUUUGUCACAAAACACAACACAUACCCACCAAAACACAGUUUUAGACACAACAAUGGUGACAAUGAAUACCAACAAAAAUAUUUCUAUUACUGCUGCUGAUAUGAAUAACUCUAAUAAUAAUAAUAAUGUAUUAAAUUCAUCAUCAUCAUCAGAUUAUGAAAAGUGUAGAGAAGAAAGAAUAAAAGAAAACUUGGAAAGGAUGCAAAAAUUUGGCAUUUUUGAUCUUUCACUCAAGUUGAAAUCUAUCAAACCAAAUAAUGCUAACAGAAAAAAGAAUUUCAAUAAUAAUAAUAAUAAGCCCUUUUUAUCAAAUCAGAAUAAUAACGGCUCUAUUUCUUCAACCCCUUUGCCAUCAUCUGGCCCCACUCGCCGUUCAUCAAGGUUGCAGAACACACCAGCAGUUAGCUACACUGAGGCUGUUGUGCCAAAAAAAGGCAACGAAGGUUAUGACAUAUUAAUGAUGGAGAACUCCAGGCCCGAGGUUUACACAGAAGAACACGAAAAGCUGUUGGGCGAGGCUAAAAUGGAGUGGACUCUCUUUGUCGAUGGAUAUGGAAAAGAUGGCAAGAAGAUAUAUGAUCCAGUUAGAGGAAAGACUUGUCACCAAUGCAGGCAAAAAACACUUGGUCAUCGUACACACUGUAUCCAAUGCAACCUAGUUCAGGGGCAGUUUUGUGGAGACUGUUUAUAUAUGAGAUAUGGGGAGAAUGUACUUGAAGCAAUGCAAAAUCCAGAUUGGAUAUGUCCCGUCUGUCGUGGAAUUUGUAAUUGCAGUUUGUGCCGACAAGCAAAAGGCUGGGCUCCCACUGGGAUUAUGUAUCGCAAGAUUUCAAGUCUGGGGUACAAGUCAGUUGCCCAUUAUCUCAUUCAAACCCGUCGAUCAGACCCAAAUUCAGAGAAGAAAGAGGAGUCUAAAACACCAGUUACUGCUAAAAGGUCACUGUCCUUUUCAAGUGAAGAGGUAGAGUCUAAAGAUGAUGUUGCAAAAAAUGAAAACAUCGAGGAGUCAAAACACAAGAAUCCAGAGGCAGCGGUCGAGUCUGAAGAUGGUGUUGUAACAGAUAAAGCCAUUAAGGAUGAAAAGCCUUCUGAAAUGCAAUCAGAUGAACCUUUCUGCAACAAUAUCAAACUAGUAUGUGAUCAAGAAUCCAAAAACAAGAAUCUUGGAGCAGGAAAUGAUGUAUGUGAAACUGAGAACAAGAACAAGGUCAAUGAAUCUGAAGUCCGUGUGGAGCUGACAAAUGUUGAAUCUAAAGUCAAUGACACAGAUGAUGAUGCUAAUGAAUCAGAAAACAGGAGUUUUGGGGCUCGAAUUGAUGUAUGUGAAACUGAAAGCAAGAACAUGGUUAACGAAUCUAAAGUCCAUUUAGAGUUGUCAAAUGUUGAGUCUAAAGUCAACGGAACAGAUGCCGAAGCUAAAACCAUCGUAGUGACUCUAGAAACCAAGCCAGGGUCACGAAAAAAACGUGGUACUACAGUCCCCAGAGAGAAUAGUAUUGCUGGAAGACUCAGAAACCAUCGUAGUGACUCCAGAAUUGAUGUAUGUAAAACUGAAAACAAGAACAUGGUUAACGAAUCUGAAGUCCAUUUAGAGUUGUCAAAUGUUGAGUUUAAAGUCAACGGAACAGAUGACGAAACUAAAACCAUCGUAGUGACUCCAGAAACCAAGCCAGGGUCACGAAAAAAACGUGGUACUACUGUCCCAAUAGAGAAUAGUAUCGCUGGAAGACUCAGGUCCAGACGCAAGUGCGCUUGAAGAUCUCUCCUCCGUUAUAUUUUCAUGUACUUGUUUAUCUCGUUUUCUAGGAGGGACUAUUGUCGCGGUUAUCGUGAGUUUUUUGCAGCUUUUUUGUUCAUCCUUUUCUAGCCCUCUUGAUGUGGUUCUAACACAUAGUCUUUCUGGGAAAGAUAAGUUGCUCUUACCUAUGCAUGAUCUUAUGAUAAUUAUGUUUAUAUGAUAAUAUUAGAUUCAGUUAUGUAUAUUGUCUAGCAAGGUUCAAACCUGAAAUAUUUUGUAAACAAAUUAAAUAUCUGACCACUAGGCUACCUUUUGGUAACUGUUCUGAGAUAGGUGUUAAUGUAAUAUAUGU